AUUAAGAACUUAUAUUUAUAAGUCACUACGUCUUAUUUAUUUUUAGAUGCUGCACAGGCUGACUGCCAAAGGUGUGAUUAGAGAUUGGGAAGAUGGAGUUCUCUCCCCUGAUAGAACAGGACAUGAGGUGAAGAAAAUGAACCUGAAGCAGUAUAUUAUAGAGUUGAGUAAGAAGUACACCAUCGUCACGUCACUCACCAGCUUUGUGGCCAUCGAGAAACGAGAAAAGGAUGAGGUGAUUCCCGAGGAUGCCCCAGAUGUCUGGGACCUCCUGGAAAAUGAGGACGUAGAUCAGCUGAAAUAUUUAUCAUGGGAAGGAGAGGAGAAUGAGAGUUCAGAGAGUUCAGGGGGUUCAAGUGAUGAAGGAGAGAUGGAAGAAGAAUAUUCGUCGGUAAAUUUCAUUUUCAUUAAAU